AUGCAGCUCGGUCAACUACCAGGGUUUCUGCAGCACGCGAUAUUUGCGGUUGCGUCAAAGUAUACACCACAUCCUGGCGGCUAUCAGGCCGCCGUCGAUCUGAGCGAAGAGUUUGCGACAUGCGCAAGACGUGCCGUGGACACGGAAGAUCCCACUCUCGAUGGUCUCCAAACGAUGCUUUUGCUCGUCACAUCCUUCAUCGCUUCGGGCAAAGGCAAGAGAGCAUUGCCAGCCUGGUCACUGGGCCCUGGGACUGGGUUCAUUGAUGGCGAGUUUUUCCAGGCUGGAUCAAAUCUGCAGCACUUCCAAGGAACCGGGCGGAAGUCACAGGGGAGCACAGGCAUGCUCAUUGACAUUACGAGGAUCCUGGGCACGACAAAUCGCUACCUAGCGGCGGGCGGCGUGAGGGGAGAUUCCCACUUCCCCUGGCACUCGCUCUCGAAUCUGUCAAAGAUUCGCCAGGAUCUAGACACCUGGGCUUCAGGAACCGACGACGUCUUCUCCAGCCUGGAGGCCCUCUUCGGGCAGAGCGACUCUACUGUUUUAGUAUUGAGCAAACUCAUCUACCACCUAGUGCACUGCCUCAUCUAUCGACCAUUUCUGCCCAUCGACUUGGCCGAGCUCGCUGGAAGCGGCCAGCACGAAUCAUGGCAGAUCGAGGCGACCAACAUGUGCUUUCUGCACGCGAACGCCAUUGCUGAGCUGAUAGAGCUGGGUAAACAGGCCAACACCAUCGAAUGGCCUGCAUUUGUUGGAUACUGCAUCUGCACGGCAGGCACGGGGAUGUACACAGCCCAUGGUGAACUUGUCAAAACGCUGGCUGGUAGCAGCAUGAGAUACACGCCAUCCUUCCACCUGGAGGACUUUUUCGAACGCUAUGCUAAUCUCAUGGGCCCCAAUGGCCAGACCUUCCAAUUCGAUCCUGCCAACCUGAGCCUCUCAGACGCGGCCCAGCCUGAAGAGAAAGAGCACCGCUUCAUCGUCAAAGAGUCGCCCGGAUCUCAACACAAUACCCGUAUUGGAAACAGCACCGACUGA